GUGAGGAAAUGAAGGCAAUGGUGGGUCGAGCAUCUGAGAGGAUUGCCAAAGUGCAGACAAGAAGAAGGGAACUCAAAGCCCUGAUUGAAGGUGAGUCUGAUCAACGCUUAAUGUGGUUUAUUGUGUCAUGCAGAAAGCACCAUUAAUGCAUAUUUGGAUUUUUUUACAGAUACUGAAAUCAAUAUUUAAAAAAAAAAUGAAAAUAUAUGUCAGCCAAUAUUCUUUAAAAACUAAUAACAAACAAUAUUUUUACACUACAAAACUAAUGAUUCCUGUGAUACUAAAUAUUCACUGAUUUAAUAUAGCUCCUUACUGGCCUACACAUAAUCCUGUGUGAUUUAAUCCACAACACCUUAUUUACACUUUUUUGAUUGUUUGUGACGUUGUGUGGUCUUGUGAUGUCCUUGGAGAGCGUCAGAAAGAAAAAAAGCCUGAAAAAAAAUCAUUAGAUAUGUUGUCCCCUAUUCUAGGUGGCAAGACCCCUCCAAAACAUUUGAAAAUGGUGAUGGUCGGAGCACAGUGGUCGGCCAAGAGCUCAGCGGGCAACACCAUUCUGAGAAAACAGGCUUUUGCUGUUGAUCACAACAGAACCACAAAAAUCUGUGAAAUGAGCCACAGCAUGGUGGCGGACAGGCUUCUCACAGUGGUCGACUCUCCCGGCUGGUACUACAACAACACCCUUCAUGACACCUGCAAGAUGGAUAAAGCUGAAAUAGAGAACAUAAUGCAUCUCUGCCCUCCCGGCCCCCACGCAGUGCUGCUCGUUGUCGGACUGGCUUCCGCGUUCAACGCAUCAUAUUGGCAAGCGGUCCAGCAGCACAUGCGUCUUUUCAAAGAUGAAGUGUGGAAUCACACCAUUGUGCUGUUCACUCGAGGCGACUGGCUGGGGAGGAAGACUGUGGAGGAGCGCAUAGAGAGUGAGGAAGGUCUGCAGUGGCUAGUGGAGAAGUGCGGAAACAUGUAUCACGUCCUGGAUAACACCAAGCGCGACGAUGAGGCGCAGGUGACGGAGCUCCUUGAGAAGAUUGAAGAGAUGUGGGCAGGAAACAAAGCUCCUCUUUACGAAGUGGACCUCGGCCGUGCAGAGGAGAUGGAGGCGAGGAAAACGGCCAAAGGCGCGAUGGCCAAACGGAUCAGGAAGACGAGCCAAAGACAAGACAGAAUACUAAGGGAGUUGUUUCGAGGGGAGAGGCAGUCAAUCACUGACGUGAGGGUUGUACUAGUUGGCAGAAAGGACUCUGGGAAGAGUAUGGUGGGAAACUGGAUCCUUUCUGAAGAGCUAUUUGACUCAACUUGGAUGAAGAAGGAAUUUCAAAAUCAGCGAGGAACCACAACGUGUGUAAAACAUGAAGGAAAUACAUCCGGAGUAAACUUCUCCGUUGUAGAGGCUCCAGGCUGGUCUAGAGAUUUGACGGUACCCGACAUGAUCAGGGAGGAAGUUAAGCGCGGCGUCUCUAUGUGUUCUCCGGGCCCCCACACUUUCCUCAUAGCGGUUCCCCUUUCCCAAUCCUUUACGAAGGCUGACUAUGAAGCAGUGGUUGAGGUCUUGACGCCAUUUGGUGAGAGAGUCUGGAGACACUGCAUGGUGAUGUUCACCUGGGCAGAAUGGCUCAAUAACAGAUCCAUUGAGGAGCACAUUGCCGCAGAAGGCAAAGCCCUCCGGAAGCUUGUGGAACAGUGUGGGUUCAGAUACCAUGCCGCCAGCGGCGCUCGUUUUGUCUAUCCAUUUCCAAUCAACGAGCUGUACCAGAAAAUGCUCGUCAUGAUGACACGAAACAAGGGCCACUACUUUGCCGCUGAAGUCAAAAAGAAGAAACCAAUGGCAAACUGGCAAGAGGAGUGGAACCGCAGGGAGCAGGAGCUGAUAGACCGGAUGUUGAAAGCUGUGGCGCAAGAACCUGACGAACCACUGCUGCCACCUGUGAAGAUGACAGCUAGCUCCAAUGGAGCCUUCCUCCCAAACUUUAGCAGAUACCGAGAUGUUUGGAGCCCAAAAGCACGCCACUGGGUAUCAGAAUGGCUGACUAUUGGAGCUGUGAACUCGGAGGGCACCUCUGGGAUUGGUAGCAUGACUGCGAGUUACGCUGGGAAGUUGGAAAAUGAUCCACUGAUGACUACGUUUUUUCACAGAAAAAGACGAAAUGAAGUUAGAUCCUCUCCACGGCAAAUUCUUCACCGACGCCCAACGGAGGCACUCUCUUUAAGCAAAACAGAAGUAGCAUACACAAGCAGGCAAAAUGUUAGGGUAAUGGGCCACACAAUACAGUAUAGGACACACAAUACAGUAUAGGACACACAAUAGGAAAGCACUGUUUGUCAAACACUGUGUAGAAAAUGUAUCCAAGUCUAGUUGUAUUACUUUCUCAUGUUUGGACAGCUGAUUGUCAGAUCUUUAAAGUGAUGUUUAAGGAAAAUAAUAAACUACUUCGAGCCUAGCUGUAUUAAAUGUUAUUGUGUUAAAUGUAUCAUGAAAACCUUGACUUACACACAAACGUAUCACCAUGUGUUUGGGCAGGUUUAUAAUGUAUUGGUUUAAAAUGCAGUAAAAAGGCUAAACAAGGAAUACAAAUAGAAGCUAUGGAAUAGUUCAAUUAUAUGGGGGAUAUAUAAAAUAAUCUAGAAAUGUAAUUAAUGAAUUAAAUUUGCAGUUUUGAUUAUUGUAUUAUUCAAUAAAUAUCUUUUAAAAAACAAAAUACAAGAUCAUUUUCGUCAUUCAUUUCUUUCUUCAUUUCAUUUUCUACAGAGUAGGACUAC